AUGGGAUCUCGGAUACUGGCACGAGUGGCGGAGGGUAAGCAGAUGGACCUCAGUGCGCUGAAACAGGAGAUCCAGGACGAUGCCGGGCUGCUGAGCAACUGGAGGAAGGCGCAGCUACUGGGCGAGAAGAGAUCUCGGGAGGAGGUCUUCAAGAAUUUGGUCUCCAACUGCUCCACUUAUUUCGGCUACUCCGAAGAACUUGCUGAAUAUUUUCUACAGAUGUUUAGUCCUGAGACCGCCGUGAAGUUUUUCGAGGCAAACGAACAACAACGACCCUUGACUCUCAGGACAAACACGUUGAAGGCUCGACGUAGUUCACUCAUGCAAGCGCUCACUCAGCGGAAGGUGCAGGUGGAUCCCAUUGGAAGUUGGACAAAGGUGGGACUGAAGGUCUACCAGUCGCAAGUGCCGGUGGGCGCCACACCUGAGUAUUUAGGAGGUCACUACAUGAUCCAGACGAGGCGAGCCAAGAUCGAAGGUUUGAGAUCUGGAGACAAUGUGAGAGAAGGUAAAGACGAGAUGAAAAAGGCCUCGUAUACUGGUGGCACCAUCGGCAUGUUGAAGGGCCCAGAUGGAAGCCUUCGACCUGAACCGGGCGCACUGCGACAGCGCCUGCAGAAGUUGGAGGAGUUGAAUCAGGACUUAUUCCCACAGUGUUAUAUGGAGGAGUUUGAUCCCAUUCUGGACUCUGCAGACAUGUGUCCAGAGGAUUGGUGUACGAUUGCCAGUUGUAUUGAACGCCACUACUACGACUUCGAUGGCUUUGUCGUUUUGCAUGGGACUGACACCAUGGCCUACACUGCUUCUGCGUUGAGCUUCAUGCUCGAGCAGCUGGCGAAGCCCGUGAUCUUAACAGGAUCACAGCUGCCUCUUGAAGAGCCUCUCACAGAUGCUCGCUCCAACGUCCUGCGGGCGGUGAUUUUUGCUGGUCGGGCAGAUCUGUCGGAAGUUUGCAUUUUCUUUAGCAGCAAGCUCUAUCGUGGCAAUCGUUCCAAAAAGUUGGAUGCCAGUUCCUUGACGCCUUUCGAUUCACCCAAUUUCCCUGAACUUGCGGUCGUUGGUACAGAGGUGAAAAUUCACAGCCGUUUGCUUUGCAACCCACCCAAGGGCCGCUUUCGUGUCCACAUGAUCAACGUGACAGACAUUGUCGUGAUCUAUGUGGUCCCAGGCUUUGCUGAUAGCAUCUUUGACUCUGUGGUUAAUUCGGGCAAAGUCAAAGGUGUGGUUUUGCUUCUUUACGGUUGUGGCAACGCGCCAGCUCGAAAGUCAGCAUUCUUGGAAGCAUGCGGCAAGCUGGUCCAGGCUGGCAUCAUUGUGGUGGCCUGUUCCCAGUGUACCCGUGGAAGUGUGGACAUCGACAAGUAUGCCGUCGGCCGCGCGUUCGCCGAGAAGGGGGUCAUUGCAGGGCAUGACAUGACAGCUGAAGCGACUGUCACCAAACUUGCCUACCUCCUCUCCAAGGAGCUGUCGCCUGCUGAUUGCAAGAAGGCUUCCAUGGAGCUGUUCCAGAUCUGUGUGAUGCGGGAAGCCAUGGCCCAUGGUCGGUACACAAAUCUGUACAAGCGGCAAGACUACGCCCCCUUGGCAGCAAAAAUGCCAUGUCCGCAGUGUCAGUUCAGGUACAUUGGACAACUAAUGCGGAACUCUGGGACCCUUUUCGCCAACGAUUUGCGGAAAGACCGGUGUAAGGCAUUGGUGGCGAAUGUGCAUCGAUUGGGUUUGACCAAUGUCGUGGUGACCAACUUGGAUGGCAAGAAGCUGUCGAAGAUGCUACCUCGACUGGAUCGGGUUCUCUUGGAUGCACCUUGUACAGGCAGUGGAAUCAUCGCCAGAGACCCUUCUGUGAAGGUGAAACGUGGCCAGAAGGACUUUGAGGGCCACAGCCGUUUGCAGAAAGAGUUGCUGACGGCGGCCAUUGACAUGGUGGAUGCAGGCUCCAAAACUGGUGGCUACAUCGUGUACUCCACCUGCUCAGUGGCUGUCGAAGAGAAUGAGGCUGUGGUGGACCAUGCCUUGAAGACACGGAAUGUGGAGCUGGUCUCCUUCACCAGUGCUGUCAACUUUGGCGUGGAAGGGCUGAGCAAGUAUCGCGAGCGACGCUUCCAUCCUUCGCUGAACCUGUCGCGUCGCUACUACCCGCACGUGCACAACAUGGAUGGAUUCUUCGUGGCUAAACUAAAGAAAACUUCCAACAAAGUGCCAGAAAGAAUCAAGAAGGAUCGAUCCAAAGUGGAAGACAAAGUGUGGGGCGAGGAGCAUUGGACCUCCGACUUCAUGGAUUCGGUGGUGGAUUUCGAGGAGACCAAUGGCGACUCCACAGCCAAGAAGAAAAAGAAAAUGAACGCCCGUGACAGAAAGAAGCAAAGGCGUGAUGAGCUCUUGAAAGCUCGGGGCUACGAGCAGAAGUAUCCACCAAAGCCGGCGGACUCCGAAGCCAAGGAAGAGAACAAAGAGCCUGCCGCUGCUGCCAAAGGCAAAAAGGCCAAGGUGCUCAAACUAAGUAAGCGGCAUUUCAUGGAUCAGUGCAUUGUUCAAGCCCAAGCGAACCAGGCUGUGAAGAACUGGUUACUACAUUUGUUGUAA